ACCACAUCGAAAAUUUCUGUUUCGAAGUGACAGUUUUGACAUUGACAUUUCUGACGUUCUCAUUUUUGACAUCUGUAAAAUUUCGCUCAUAACCUCAACUGAAAGCGUGUAGUGUUGAACACAAAAUUUGUUUCAAUUGAAUUCGCUAAAUAUUACGGUGUUUUAUAAAAAUUUGAGUUGUUUGUGAGUGAUAAAUUAAGUUUGAAAAAACAAAUAAAAUCAAUGUGAACACUUCUACUAAUAAAAAAUACCCGAUAUGUCUGCUGCAAUGAUAACAAAUGAGAAUAUUGCGAGUUUGGCAGUUGUUGUAGUUGGCGUAUGUGCAAUCGAAGAAGCGAACAAGAGAAAAAGGAGAUGGUGGGAGAGGCCACAUUUGGGUGUGAAUCAGCGUUCCGUUUAUGGCCAGUACGAACUUCUACAACAAAUGCGAAUAUCGGACGAGGAAAGCUUCGCAUCAAUUUUACGAUUCCGACCUGAUUCGUUUGACAAACUCCUCACACUCGUUGGUCCAUUAAUAACACAUUACUCAAACCGAGAACCAAUCAAUCCAUCAACUCGCCUGGCAGUGACACUUAGAUAUCUGGCGACUGGAGAGUCAUUUAAGUCUCUAUCAUACACCUACCGAUUGGGUAAAUCAACAACUGGCGAAAUUAUUGCUGAGACACUGGCAGCAAUAUACAAUGCACUGAGACCAACAAUGCUCCCAGACCUUGAUACGGAAAAAUGGCUUAAAAUUGCUGACGGCUUCAAUAGUCGAUGGAAUGUACCGAAUAGCUGUGGGCCCGUUGAUGGUAAACAUAUCCGUAUCAAGAAACCAGAACAUAGCGGUUCAGAGUUUUUCAAUUAUAAAGGUUUCUUUUCCGUCGUAAUGAUGGGUGUCGCCGAUCCUGGGUAUAGAUUUUUAGCAGUCGAUGUCGGAUGCCAGGGUCGCAAUAACGAUGCUGUUGUUCUGAACAAUUCGAAAUUUGGACAAAAAUUGUUAAACGGGACUUUGAAUCUUCCUGGCGAAAGGGAGAUUAAGCAUGGACCCAAAAUCCCGCACUAUUUGCUUGGCGAUGAAAUGUUUGGUCUUCAACCGUACUUAAUGGUACCUUACCCAGGCCGCGGCACCGGCAAGCUGACAUACACCCAAAAAACGUUCAACUACCGACAUUCUCGUGCUAGGAGAAUAAUCGAGUGCACUUUUGGCAUAUUCACUCAAGUGUUCGGUAUUUUCUUAACAUCAAUCAAUGCACCUCCCGAAACCGUUGACUUGAUUGUGAUGGCUGCUGUAUGCCUUCACAAUUUCCGAAUAUCAGAAAAUGAAUCAGGUGAUUUACAAGAAAAUGGUUUUUAUGAUGGGGGAAUGCGAUCAGGUAUGGAAUCAGUGUUUGAAGCACCAGGUCCGAACGCUCCUAUUCCAAGGUCACCGCAAGCCAUCAGAGAUGAGUUAGCAAGUUAUUUCCAGGAUCAAGGAACUACACCACCAUUCGAUAACACUGACUCUUUGACUCGAGCUCGAAGCAUCAGAGAUGAGCUAGCUGAAUACUUCACGACUGGCGGAAGAGUUCAUUGGCAGGACCAGUUUAUUCAUUGAUUUGCGAAAGAUUUCCGUUUUUAUUGAAACUGUGAUGUAUUGAAGUGUUCGUAAAAUUUUUUAUUAAAAGUUAAGAAACGAAAAAGUAAAUUUCAAAUU